UCUCCUCCACCUACCUUCCCCCUCACCUGGUCUCACCCGCCAGUUUGUCCUCCUUUCCCUUCCCUAUUUUUAUUCCAGUUUCUGUCCUCUUCCUUUCCAGUCCCGAUGAAAGCCUGAAGCUUCGACCAUUCCCCCCCCGUAGAUCCUGUCAACUAUAAGUUCCUCCAACAUUUUGUGUGCGUUGCUCAAGAUUUCCAACACCUGCCGAAUCUCUUGCGUUUAUGACGUGAAGUCACUUUGUGGGGCGCAGCGACGGCCGGAACGCUCACCCGCGGACACGGCUGCCGGGGGAUCUCUAAUUGGACGUGCUGGCGGAUGCAGGGAUGAGCCAGGGAGUGAAGACCAUGGUACAGCAGACUAUGUGCUUACAUGGCCUUCUCCACAGGAUGCAGCCAGCUGUUAGGUACUGGCAGUUCUCCACACAAGUGAAGGACUAUGCUAUACAUACAGGGUCUUGCCAAUGCAUUUACUCUUGGUUCUCAACAGCCAGGAUUCUCAGUCAUUCCAGGAAAAUUUCACUGGACUUCCACCCAAUCCCCACAAAAAAAUUCCACUUUUCGUCCUCUAUGGAUACAGAGGGCAAUUUACAUCCUGUGGGAAAACAUUCUGGAAAAUUGAAAGCAGAUGCUUCUCACGUAGAGAAUGCAGUUGAGCCCCUUCUGAAUCUGGGAUUUACUCAGGUUCAAGUGAAGAAACUGCUUGAACUAAAUCCUAGAAUUGCUGCACAGGUUCCACUGAAGGCUCACCCUGUGCUCUGCCUGCUUGAUAGUCUUGGUUUAAGGCCAAGCAGCAUUUUAAAGGUCUUGGAGAAAUGCCCCGAACUGGUUAGAAUAAAGGGUCAUCAGCUGCAGUCACGCAUUGACAACCUGCGGAAGCGUGGACUUGAUGAAGAGAGACUGCAACUCAUCUUGGUGCAUCACCCACAGAUUCUGAAUCUCUCUGCGAAGCAGGUGAACAACACUGUGCGCUUCUUCAAAGAGAAGUGUAUUUUCACAGUACAACAGAUCAUAGAAAUUCUCCAAACUUCACCCAAUGUUCUCUUUGAAAACUUUGAAGAACUGGAAUACAAAUUCCAGUUCGCAUAUUUCCGAAUGGGACUAAAACAAGUAGCGAUAGUGAAAUCUGGAAUUUUCCGGACGUCACUAGAAGAACUAAAACAACGCCUUAUCUUCUUAGAACGUCUCGGGCAUUACCAGACUCCAGAUAAGAAGGGUCAGACUCUGAUCAUAAACCCCAAACCAAAGGACAUAUUUACCACUACUGAAGAUUAUUUUUUGGCUAAAGUGGCUAUGUCAUCUUGGGAAGAGUUUGAUACUUUUAAGAAGCUCCUGAAGCGUGAGGAGAUUGCAGAAAGAGAACUUGGGCAUCAGGAAGACAGCAGUACAUCUGAGGAACUAUCUGACAGUGAGGAGGAUGAGGAAUUGUUUCUGGGAAAUUAAUGAAGGCUCCAUC